GCGGCGGUGGCGGCGGCGGCAGCGGCAGCGGCGGCGUCCAGAAGCGGGAGCCGCAGCCGAGCGAGCCGUUGCCGAGUGGCUAGCGGCGCCAUGGCGUGCGCGGGGCUGCUCACCGUGUGCCUGAUCCGGCCGCCCGCACCCGAGCCCCGGCGGCCCCCCGCGCCCCUGCCUGCCGCCGCCGGGCCCGCCGGACACGCGCUCUUCCAGGACGUUUUCCGCAGAGCAGACAAGAAUGAUGAUGGUAAGCUCUCAUUUGAGGAAUUCCAGAAUUACUUUGCUGAUGGGGUUCUCAGCCCUGGGGAGCUGCGGGAGCUGUUCAACGGCAUUGAUGGGCACUCCACCAACAAUUUGGAAACAGAGAGACUGUGUGACUAUUUCUCAGAACACCUGGGUGUCUACCGGCCCGUGCUGGCUGCCCUGGAGUCGCUGAACUGUGCAGUGCUCACUGCCAUGGACACCACCAAGCUGGAGUAUGAGCGGGCCUCCAAGGUGGACCAGUUUGUGACGCGCUUCCUCCUGCGGGAGACGGUGAGCCAGCUACAAGCCCUGCAGAGCUCGUUGGAAGGGGCAUCAGAUACCCUGGAGGCCCAGGCCCGGGGCCCACGGUCAGACGAAGACAGUGUGGGGGUGCAGAGCAGGCCCCACGGCAGUCGGCGGGUAGGGCGCAGGGCCCUGCGGAGCAUCGGUCGGUCACCCACCUGGUCUCCUGGCUCCUCCGCCUCAGACACAGGGCAGAGCUCGGGAGCCGAGAUGCGGUGGCGGCUCCAGGUCAACCGUCUCCAGGAGCUCAUUGACCAGCUCGAGUGUAAGGCCCCCAGGCUGGAACCUCUGCACGAAGAGGAGCUUACCAAGGGGCCUGACUCGCACAUCCUCGUGGCCCAGAGGCAGGUGCAGGUGGCGGAGGAAGCCCUGCAGGAUUUCCACCGUGCCCUGUGCUGCUACGUGGACUUCACAGGGGCCCAGAGCCAUUGCCUGCAUGUGUCUGCCCAGAAGAUGCUAGACAAUGCCUCUUUCACCCUGUAUGAGUUCUGGCAGGAUGAGGCCUCCUGGAGAAGGCACCAGCAUUCUGCCUGUAGUAAGGCCCUUCCAGCGCAUCCUCAUUGACUACCUUCGGGCUCCGGACACCCUCACCACUGUGUUCUUCCCAGCCUCCUGGUGGAUUAUGAAUAAUAACUGAGCCUGACCUGCAUAAGCCAAGGCCCUGGGGCCCUCCCUGCCUCAUUCUGGAGCUUCUGGACUGGUCAACUCAGCACCAAGACCAAGGACGUGGCCACUCUUAGACCUGGGGCUGGGCUCUCAGAGGUGCCCCCCGCCCCCCCCCUCCCCCCGACCCAGCCGGUGGAGAGUCCCUCAGCCCAGGGAUCAGGGACUGGGCUGCUUGCUUUCUGUUUAUCAGUGUAUUCUAUUUGAAUCUUUAGCCUCUGAGGCACUCUGGCCUCUGCCUGGCUCAGGAGGCUUGGAUUCUGGUCCCCUUCUGUCCCAGCCUUGUUGUGGGACACAGAGCAGGUCGCUUCCCUCUCUGGGUGGGCCUUGGGCUGUCUGGCUGCCUAGUGGGUACCCUGCUUUCUUCCUGCUGCCUUGGGGCCAGGCUUCUGCUCUUCCUCAACCAGCCGCAGAACCAGGGCUGAUGCUCAGGGACACCACCCCCCCACCAAACCUCGACCCCUGAGGCUGGGCCGGAUCCGUCUGCAGUGUGGGGUAAGGACCUGGGUGUCCCCAUCACCCUCCUGGGCUGGCAGGCUCCAACUCUUCCAGCACCUUCCGCUGCACCAGAGCCUUCUGCAGGAUCCUGGUUGGUUUGCAUGUCAUUUGCAUAUCAUUUGCAUGCUCAUGCCCACCCGUACUCAGGGCACUAUGGGAAGUCCCAAGGUGACCUUGCCAAGUAGCAAUAAUUUGGGCCCACUGUCACCUGCUCCCCCUGAGAUACCUCUGAGCCCCAGCCCAGGACCCCAGCCCAAAGGCAAUAAAGGAAGUGGUC